AAUGAAAACAAUUUCAAGGUUUUGACAAGACUCUGUCUCGGUUUAUGUGUAUGCAUUCGCGACUGGAAGUAAUUAAGCCGGUAUUGCGAUACAUUUUUGUGGAAUUCUGUGACUAACAACUGUUAAUUGGCAUUGUUCUAGUGAAGUUUACUGUGAAUUUAUAGUAGCUUAUGUUUGAAUAGCCUUCCGAACACUGCAAAUAUGGGUGUUACAAUUCUUCAACCAUUCCCGGUUCUAGAGAACAAAACUGGUCCCAUUACUAUUGACUAUCUAACGAAACGCUUGCUGGCAUUGGGUGCCGUGCAGACGGGCGGCUUUUUGGUUGACUGUGAAACAUUCCAUUCGAUGCCUCCGUUAGGCAAUUCCAAGCUGAUCCAUCAGUUGCAUAAUUCGGAGCAUCCGACGUCUGUGUUUUCGAUUUUGGAUACGGGCACCAAGCAAAUCCCAUUAGUAGCUGAUUCGCUCUUUGAUUUGCUCAUUCUCAAAAUGCAACCAGCAUAUUCGUCGAAAAAACAAACGAAGAUUGAAUCGAAGGGGCCCCGUUUUGAGUUGUGUGAUUUUGUCAUCAAACUCGGCAGCGUUACCAUGAGCCAAACAUUCAAAGGCAUUCUGGUUGAGGUGGAGUAUCGUCCAUGUGUGAUUCCGGCCAAUUGCUGGAAUUUGAUACGUGAAUUUAUGCAAGGUUUUAUGGGCGCUAAUGUGCCGAAUCAAAUUCCAUCUUAUUUUACGGCCCAAUCACAAUCGCCAGGUGUCACACAUCCGAAGCAAAACGAUGUCUACCAACCCAUUGAUACGAUCCAACAGUAUUUGGAACAUUUCAGCAAUUAUCGCAAGCAAACCAAUGCACCUGUGGCCACUUCACGCACCUAAUUUCCGCUAUCGAUUUCUCUCGGUCCCAUUUUAAAAUUCAUAUCUCAUCCGAAAACUAACCAUAAUCAACAUUAUUUCAAAUGCAGCAACCGAAGAGGUGAAUGAAAACAAAGAAAUAAGAGAGAAGAAUUUAAAGUCGUAAAUAAAAAUUUGCAGUUUGCAUUGGAACCGUAA